UUAAAUCAACAUCUUUUGUUUCCUGUACUAUGUAGAAUCAUUCAAGAAAAAGCACCACUAAAUAAUUCAUUUUUAGCUUUCUUGUUGGUUAGUAGGUUCAUAAAAUCUUCCAUUAUUCCUGCAUUAUUUCUUUCCUUUUUGGUAAUUAAUGGCUCAUUCUCUUACAAUUUUGUUGUAUUUUUAUCAAGUAUUUAAGCUUAAAACCUCAAGAACUAGCUUUUAAUGGUGAUAAAAAAGAUGGGUUUAGCUUCUAUGAAUAAAUAUACAAUUCUCUUUUACUUCAUUCUUCUUUUCUCAGCCUGCUUCAUUCUCCUUGGACAAUUCAAUCACACUGUGCCAGCAAUAACAAUCUCCAGAAAUUCCCCUAGUUUGAUCAAACCCACUAAAGAUUCCCUUAAUACAACCAAAUUUCCACUUAAACACAGUAAAAGGAAUGCAGGCAGUUCAUCAAAAACAGCAGAAUUCUCUUUAAUUUGUUCUUCCCCAACAAACAAAAACCAAACAUGCCCCAGAAACAAUUGUCCAACCAGAAUGGAAGAUUAUGAUCAAAAUAAGCUGAUUUCCUCCAUCAAAUCAUGCCCAGAUUACUUUAGAUGGAUUCAUGAAGAUUUAAAGCCAUGGAAAAUCAAAGGGAUUACAAAAGAAAUGGUAGAAGCAGGAAAAACCUUAGCAAAUUUCAGGGUAGUAAUUGUGGAUGGAAGAGUUUAUGUUGAAAAAUACAAGAAAUGUUAUCAGACAAGAGAUGAAUUUACAAUAUGGGGGAUUUUGCAAAUGUUAAGGUUGUAUCCUGGGAAAUUACCAGACAUAGAUUUGAUGUUUGAGUGCAAUGAUUAUCCUGUGAUUAAGAAGAGUGAUUAUAAAGCUGCUAAGUCUACUAAUCCUCCUGUUCCUAUGUUUCAUUACUGUGGAGAUGAUCACCAUUUUGAUAUUCCUUUCCCAGAUUGGUCAUUUUGGGGUUGGCAUGAGAUAAAUAUAAAGCCAUGGGAGCAGGAAUUGGAGGAUAUAAAAGAAGGGAACAAAAAAGUGAAAUGGAUGGAAAGGGUGUCCAAUGCAUAUUGGAAAGGCAAUCUUCAAAUGGGUCGCAGAAUAUACCUUUCAAGGUGCAAUUCAACCAAAUCUUGGAAUACUCACAUAUAUCAACAGCAUUGGCCUUUGGAAGCUAGACAUGGUUUUAAACAAUCAAAUGUAGCAGAUCAAUGCACACAUAGGUACAAGAUAUACAUGGAAGGAAAAACAUGGUCAGUGAGUGAAAAGUACAUACAAGCUUGUGAUUCAAUGUUGCUGUUAGUGAAAGCUGAGUAUUAUGAGUUUUUCAGUAGAAGUUUGCUACCUUUGAAACAUUAUUGGCCAAUUAAUCCAUCUAACUUAUGCCAAUCCAUCAAAUUUGCCGUCAAUUGGGGCAAUAAACAUCCCGUCCAGGCAGAAGAGAUUGGAAAGGCAGGAAGCAAAUUUAUAAUGGAGGAGCUGAAAAUGACAUACAUAUAUGAUUACAUGUUCCAUCUUUUGAAAGAAUAUGGAAAGCUGUUGAAAUACAAACCAAGUGUUCCUUCUGGAUGUCUACAAGUUUGUUCAGAAACAAUGGCUUGCAAUGCUUCUUUCAAAAACAAAUUCUGGAAACUGAAUUCUUAUGUAAAAUCUCCUUCAAAAACAUCUCCUUGCUCAAUACCUCCUGCUUAUGACCCUCAUCAUCUUCAAACAUAUCUUACUACCAAAGAUGAACUUUUAAGAGAUGUUGAAGGUUUAGGAAGAGUUGGAUAAUUAAUUUUCAAAUAUUAACACUACAUUAUUAUUAUGUAAUUAAAUGAGAAACUUUUAUUACUUUUUUUGUCAAAUGUAUUUAUUAUAUUAUUUUAGUCUUAGUUUUGUCUAAUGUCACGUAGUUUUACUCUUGAGGUAACGACGUCAUUCAUAUUUCUCUC